AUGGCGAUUGUGGCACGUUACGGGAAACCAGAUCUCUUCAUUACUUUCACAACAAAUCCCAAUUGGCCCGAAAUUCAAGAGAAUCUGGAACAUCACCAACGCUUUGAACACCGACCUGACUUGGUCUGUCGCGUGUUCAAAUCAAAAUUCACACAAUUCCUCGACGACUUGAACAAAAGACAGGUGCUAGGUGUUACACAAACGUACACCUACGUAAUCGAAUUCCAAAAAAGGGGGCUUCCACAUGCCCACGUUUUGAUCACAAUGAGACCAGAAGACAAAAUCACGAUGGACAAUGUAGAUGACAUUGUCUGUGCCGAGUUCCCCGACCGUGACAUGGACCCAUCACUGUACGACAUCAUAGCUGAACACUAUGUUCACAGACCCUGUGGAGCCAACAAUCCCGUCGCCCCCUGUAUGCGAGACGGUAAGUGCUCCAAAGGCUAUCCGAUGUCGUUCAAUGAUGAGACCAUAAUUGAUCACGUCAGGAGACCUGUUUAUCGCAGGCGACGUGACGGCCGAACAGCAGUCGUCGAGGAAACGGUAAUCGACAACCGAAGAAUUGUGCCAUACAACCGGUACUUUGCAAAAAAAUACAUGUGCCACAUCAAUUUCGAAGUCUGCGCCACACUCUCGAGCAUGAAGUACCUCUACAA